GAAGACGCAAACUUUUGCUGUUCGUCAUCAUUUCCUUUCGUUUGUUUGUUUUUUGAUCAAUAAUUCUUUGAGAAAAAUGAAAAAUUUUUAAUUAAAGUUUUUGGUUGAGCAAAUACAAUCCAAUCAACCAUGGAUUACUGCAACAAUGAAACAUUGAAACAAUUUAAACCGACAAAAAUUAUCGAUUCAUUUGAAUCGGUAAUCUAUCUGUACAAGGUUUUUGUACCAAUACUAUUGGCCGGUUGUCUAUUGAGUUUGAUACUGAAUACCUUAUUGGUCAUCAUUGGCACCAUUAUUCAAUCCAAAUUAUCACGUUCAAAUCGUUCACGUUCGCCGAUUCUAUUGUUAUCGUUGAAUUUAGCUGCAACCGAUAGUAUUGCCUCAUUUUUGAUGGGCUUUGGUUUAUUGAUAAAUUCCUAUUUACCGGUUGUAUUGAAUAUCAACCUAACCAAUGUAUGUUUCAAUUUGAUAUUGGAAAUAUUUCGUCUAUCAGCAUUGAUUGCUUCGGCAUUGCAUUUGCUAGCAUUGGCAUUGGUUCACUAUAAAGGCAUUGUUAAUCCACUUCAUUAUCGGUCCAUGAUUUUUUGCUCUCAACACCGUACGCGUAGUAUCUAUUUGAUGUCGUUCAUUUGUUGGCUAUUACCAGCUAUUGUGAUUGCAUCAUACUUCAGUUCAAUACCUUGCCAAGGAUUUCAACAUGAAAAUUGCCGUUCAGAUGUUAUCCUCACAUUUCGUUUUCGUUUUAUGAUAGUGGUAGCAUUUUUCCUGCCAUUAGUAUUGAUGCUAUAUCUUUACACAAGAAUUUUCAUCAUUAUCAAACGACAUCAAAAACAACGUUUAUUGAAUCUGAAUCAAUCUGGGGGUGAUAGGAGAAAAUUAAUGAUGACAAUCAAAUCGAAAAAGGAUUCAGCAACCAUGUCCAAUGUUAAUGACGCUCAAAUUAAUGAUGAUAUGAGCAAUGAUGAUGGCAAAUUUUCUCGAAUCGAUAUUCGUCCUACGUCUUCCCUAUUAAUCAAAAAUCAUUUUGCUGAUGAUGAUAAUGAUCAAGACAAAACUGCCCGAUCUCGUUGUUCCGAUAAUGAAGACAACGAUGAUGAUGAUAAGCAUAAACAAGCAUCAUCAUCAUCAACAAUCAGUCACCAGAAACAAAUUUUAGCACCCAGAAUGGAUAGAACACAAUCUUUGAAUGAUCACUAUUCAAAAACGAUAAAAAACAUUCAAAUCGUCAAAUAUAAUGAUAAUAAUCAAAAAGAUUAUUGUACGGUGGUGGAAAAAUUAUUUAGCAAUUCCUCUCCAUCAACAACAACAAAAAUUACAAACGAUCGUUGUGUUGCAACUGAUAACAAUAAUAACAAUAACGAUUAUUAUUCAUCGGAAACAGGAGUUGUUGAUGAUAAUUUAUCAACCAUAAACAAUAAUGGACAACAUUAUUUGAAUAGAUCGAUUAAACAACAACAUGGUGCCAUAUUAAUCACUAAUACUAGCAAUGGUUUGAUAGCAGCGAAUAAUUCAUCACCCUCAAAUAAUGCCAAAGCAUUGAUAACAACAUUAUCGAUAUUAGGCACAUAUAUACUGUGUUGGAUGCCAGCCGUAUUGUAUCUUGCACUAACCUGCAUUGAUCAUUGUUAUUAUCCAAUCAUUAUGCUUAGUUAUCGUUGGCGUGUCAUAUUCAGUUUCAUAACGAAUGGUUUAGUCAUUUUGAAGGCUAUCAUCGAUCCAUUUAUCUAUACUUAUCGUAUGAAAGAGAUGAAAAACGCAUUAAAUAGAUGCCUUUAUUUGAUCUGCCCAUUUGAUUGUAUACGGAAUUGCUGUCCACAACCACCGCCAUCAUCAUUGACCACAUCAAAUCGACAUUAUGAUUCGACAUGGUCUCGUGGUAUGGAUAACUCAAAUAUUCCGAUCAGAAUGAAAAAAUUACAUCAUCAACAUUCAUCAUUCUCAUCCGAAUCACAACGACGACGGCGACAACAACCUGAAACCAAUAUUUAAUUCAUAUUCAGCACAAAAGUAAAAAUCAUAACCAAACGAAAAAGGAUUCCUGUUUCAAGGGAAUAUUGUUUGGCUUUUUUUGUGUGAAAAAAAACCAGACAAAAAAUAUCGAUUUAUUCGCUUAUAUCUAUGGCUUUGGUUUCCAUAAUGGCAAAAUGAAAACAAAUUCUCUCAAAAUCUC